CUAUUUAAAAGUCAAACAAAGCGAAAGUAUAUACUUUCAUUUUCUAUCUAAAAGUGUAAUUUGUAAACCAUGGCUACAGGUUUAGGAAAUUUAAGUGGAAAAGUGGCUCUAAUCACAGGCGCCAGUUCUGGUAUCGGGGCAGCGACUGCCGUGUUGCUGUCCAGGCUGGGGGCAAGUGUGGCACUGACGGGCAGAAAGGAGGAAAACCUGAAGAAAGUCGGAGAGCAGUGUCUAGAUAAACCUCUGUUGAUACCUGGUGAUCUGGUCAAAGAAGAAGAUACAAAGAGAGUGUUGGACACCACUAUAUCACACUUUGGAAAACUUAACAUUCUGGUGAACUGUGCAGGAAUUCUGGAGUUGGGCAGCAUAGAGAACACAUCUCUGGAGCAGUACGACAGAAUCUUUGACAUCAAUGUCAGGAGUAUAUACCAUAUGACCAUGCUGGCCGUGCCACACCUGAUAGAGACUAAAGGAAACAUUGUCAAUGUGUCCAGUGUGAAUGGGAUCCGAUCAUUUCCAAAUGUCUUGGCCUAUAAUAUGUCCAAAAGUGCUAUCGACCAGUUCACAAGGUGUACAGCUCUAGAGUUGGCUCCAAAGCAUGUGAGGGUGAACUCUGUCAAUCCUGGUGUGGUUAUAUCAGAAUUACAGAAACGUGGGGGAUUAAAUGAAGAAGCUUACGCAAAGUUUUUGGAGCGUGCUAAAGAGACGCAUGCGCUCGGUCGCCCAGGGCAACCUGAAGAAGUUGCCAGGGCAAUAGCCUUCCUUGCCUCAGAUGAUUCGUCUUUCAUCACAGGGGCGUCACUUCCGGUUGAUGGUGGUCGCCAUGCUAUGUGUCCCAGAUAAUCAAAGAAAAUAAAUGGGAAUUUUU